AUGGCGUCUCAGACUCGCAAUGUCCUGUUCUUCACAAACAGUGAGCUAGGUCAGUGCAAUGUGGCCCUCGCGGUGGCCGAGGAGUUCCUGCGACGUGGGAAAUUCAGGGUACAUUUCGCCUCAUUCAAUGCAGCGGCACCGCUGGUACAGGAGUUGAACACGCCUGUGGUCGACACCGAUCGGUCUGCGGAGUUCCAUGAAAUCUUUGGUCCCAGUAUGACGGAUCUUGCUGUCCGAAGUAUGGUUGGCCUUCUCUAUCACCCACCAGGAAUCAAAGGUGCCACAGAGGGCUUUAUCAAAGUCAGCAAUGUAAUGUCCAACUGGAAGCCCACGGAAUAUGCGCGAGCUUACCGAAGCUGUCUCGAAAUUCUCGAGAAAGUGCGCCCGUCCGUGGUGGUGAUAGAUCCGAUAUUACACGUUGGGUUGGAUGCGUGCGAGAAAACCCCUGCUCGCAAGGUGAUUCUUUGGCCAGUGCCAAUCAAGGAUGUCGUGGUUCUGAAUCAACCAAAGGCUGGUGUUUGGUGGAAGUAUCCUGUAACGGGAUCAGGCUACCCGUUUCCACUACCCUGGAAGUUGGUUCUUUCAAACAUCUAUCUGGUUGCUCGUGUCGGAAUGGCCCUGGCCUGUGCAAAAUCCGUCAGCGAUGAACAAGACACCGAAAAGGCGCAAGAGGAGCGAAGCCCAUUCCCUUUGAGAAACGCCUAUUCCAAAGACACGUUAAGCCUCACGCCAGCAUUCCCUGAGAUGGAUUUCCCGUUCCGUGUUCCAAACAACGUCAUCAGCUGCGGCCCGAUUGUCCGACAAUGCCAGCCGCUUGCAGUUGUUGACCCAGAGCUGAGCGCAUGGCUCAAUAAACCAACAGUCCUGAUCAGUCUGGGAUCGCACGUCAAACCUUGCGAACAGGUUGCCGUGCAAAUGGCGAAAGCAAUCAGGAAGAUGCUCUACGAGUAUCCGGACAUGCAGGUCUUGUGGAAGCUUCAAUAUAACUGGGAAACUUCACCAACAUUCCAAAACGUCCUCGGCUCACACAUCACUGCUGGCUCGGUGCUUGUGACUCCUUGGAUUCAGCCGGACAUCAUGUCGGUUCUGGAAACAGGUCAAAUUGUCGCCUAUGUUCAUCAUGGUGGAGCAAAUUCUUAUUUCGAGGCUUGCAAAGUCGGUGUUCCCCAGGUGGUCCUACCCCAAUGGUUGGACACCUACGACUGUGCGACACGAGUCGAAUGGCUAGGAAUAGGAAUCAACGGAAGCCGAACCUCGGCGCCAGGCAUCGACGCCACUGAAUUCGCCAAAGCCUUGAUUCAAAUCCUCCGCGACGCAGAUAUGCGUUCAAAGGCCAACGUCAUGAAAGAGAUCUGCAGCAAGACCGAGGGACGAGUGAUGGCUCACGACCAGAUUGUGGAUUUUUGUACGAUGGAAUAG